AUGGAGCACCUCGACGCCCUCGCCGCAGUCCUCCAACCCUUCCGCACCGACUACCUCCCCUCACCCACCCCCGACACCCUCCUCUUCCUCCCCGCCGACGCAAUACGCCACUGGUACUUAGGCUACGUGUACCGCUGGCACAACUUCAAACACGCCGCAAUCGAGCAUUUCAAGCACGACAAAUGCGUCCAAGCCUUCCGCCAACUCGGAGACUCCCAAGCCCACUUGCCAGAUGCUACGUCCCACCCUCCUUGCCCCCUCUCCGCCCCCUUGAGCCUAGAAUACCAUUUCAUCUGCGAAGUCCUGCGGCCUGUGGAGAGGAUCUACAACACGCUACUUACCACGCAGGCUAUGCGGGAUCUCUGUGGCGACGACAUACCGCAGGGCAUCUGGCUCGAGAGGGGCGAGCAGAACGAGGAGUUGGCUGCGAAGGGAAUCACGCCGGCGUUUGUUGUUCGCUCAAAGGCUGCGAGUGGCAAGGAUGAAGUGAGACUCGUGGGGCAUGCAGAGUAUCUGGGUGGAAGACCGGGUGCGUUGACGGCGGCGAUCAAGAAUGUGGGCAGGAAUACGUGGGGAAGUCUGCGGUGUGUGUUGGGCGAUGUAGCGCGCUGGAUGCUCGCGUGCAACACGGAAUACGGGUUUCUGGUCAGCAGUGACGAGAUUAUUUUUCUUCACUUUGCUAUUGUGUACAAGGGCAAGAAGAUGAAUAUAGCGGAGCCGGGAGAACCGGAGCGGCUUGCAUUCGUGUAUUCGAUGGUGGAGCCGCAUGUCUAUUACUCGGAUCCAAUUAAGCACAGUGAGGUGCUGGAUGAGGCAAAAGGCACUGUUACGGUUAGGUUGGCGUUGCUGUUUUUGCUGCAUUCGACUGUGACACAGAGGUUUCAGAUGCCCAAGCAAAAGGGAAACGCUGCACACUUUUUUCCGACGACGGAAGCGGGCAAGAAGUUUACGUUGUAG